CCAAUUACCAUGGAACUGACAGAGGUUUUACAAGAAUUCUUGACAAAUGCAGUGCUGGAACUAUUAACAAGAAUGAAAACCAGUUUUGAUAUGCUACUUCUUCUCAUUUCCUUAUCAGGUUUUGCAGUACUAAAUGCGGAAAUUGUUAAAAACGACAUAAAUGAAAAUGAUAACGAAGACGACAAUUGGUCAAAUAGCGAAGACGACAACCUAGACCAGCCUCCUACUUUAGAAGAGGGAGAGGAGCUUGUUCUGGGUUCUGGACUCAAGAUCAAAUGUGUCAAGCUUCCUCGUAAAUGUCUUCGUCAGGCAAGGCCAGGAGAUGUGCUUGAAGUACAUUAUGAGGGCAGGUUUGAUGAUGACAAAGGGAAAAUGUUUGAAACCAGUAAAGGGAGCAUUCCCUUUCGUUUCAAUUUGGGAUCGAACCAGGUUAUCCAAGGCUAUGAACAAGGAGUGCCUGGUAUGUGUAAAGGAGAGGUCCGCGAGCUUUUUGUUCCGUCAGAGUUAGGAUACGGACAGCGACAAGCUGGUAAAAUUCCUCCGAACUCUGCUCUUCAUUUUACUGUAGAACUGCUGUCAAUUCAGGUAGUAACUAGUUGCUCUACAUUUUACUGUAGAACUGCUGUCAAUUCAGCUAGAAACUAG